AAAACCAAGUAUAAAUAAAAGGAAACAAUUCAUAAAUAGCUUCAGAACUCUCUCUUACUCUUUUCACGUUUACAGUAAUUCUUUCCCUUUCUGGAAACAAUUCCUCCUCGCUUUCUUCUUGUUUCCGUCCAUUACUCUUCUCUUUCUCUCUCUCACACACACAUACACACACUCGAUCUUUCUAUAUCUCUCCACCACAAUUCAGCGAUAUCAAUCUAUGCUUUCGUGUUUUAUUUGUUCAGAUCGGAGCUACCAACAACAUAUCGGAUAAACAGCGAUUGCGAAAAUGGCGAGGGGAAAGAUCCAGAUCAAGAAGAUAGAAAACUCAACCAACAGGCAAGUCACGUAUUCCAAGAGGAGGAAUGGAUUGUUCAAGAAGGCGAGUGAACUCACUGUGUUGUGUGAUGCUAAAGUCUCCAUUAUCAUGGUGUCUUGUACUGAUAAGCUUCAUGAGUACAUAAGUCCUUCCAUCACGACGAAGCAGUUCUUCGAUCAAUAUCAGAAAGCAGCUGGAAUUGACCUUUGGAACUCCCAUUAUGAGAAAAUGCAAGAAGAACUGAGACAGCUGAAAGAGGUGAACAAAAAUCUAAGAAGGCAAAUUAGGCAAAGGUUGGGUGAUUGUUUGGAACAUUUAGGAUUUGAAGAGUUGCUUGAUCUUGAAAAGGAGUCUCAGGAAGCUGUUUACAUCAUUCGCGAACGCAAGCUGAAGGUGAUUGGUAACAAGUUGGAGACUUCUAAGAAAAAGGUGAGGAGUGCUCAAGACGUCUACAAAAAACUAAUGCAUGAAUUUGGAAUAAGAGGGGAGGAUCCACAGUACGGGAUGAUAGAAGAUGGAGAGUAUGAAGCAAUGUAUGGAUACCCGCCACAAAUGACUGCACCACGUAUCUUGACUCUACGUUUGCAACCUAACCAUCCGAAUAAUCUCCAUGCCACGACAUCCGACCUCACCACAUAUGCCUUGCUUGGCUAGCUAGUUAGUAUGUAGCAAAUUAAUCCACUCUUCUUAUCAAGGGUAUUUGUGACACUCAUUAGCCAUACCCUUCACUUAUUUAUGUUUUAUGGUUUUUAUAUGUGAAAUAUGUUGUGAUUGAUCAAGUUAAAUCUUAUUUUUACUAUGUUUUUUGUUGUGGGAAAGACCAAAAC